AUACAACCAGAACCGCGAGCGGACAUGUUGGGGUCGGUAAAUGUAACCGAUUGCUGUUAAUGUGACGUCCAUUACUCGUGAGAUUCUCUCUAAAAGAGAUACAGUUAUCAAACCAUGUUCGUGUGGGUCCGUGAAUCACGUGAAUCAGGAUUUCUCUUCUUCAUCUUCGUCUGCGCUAGUACUAUAAUUAUCAAAGAUACCUAUGGAUUAGGAUCUAUAUACUUUUCCCCGUCAACACCUCCUACGCACAUUACAGAAGGAGGAACUAUCGGUGUGACCUGUAAAUCUACAAGUUGCGAUUCAUCUUGUUCUUUCCGUUGGAGUCGGCCAGGUCAACAAAGUCUAGAUGGCUCUCAGUUGACAGUAAGAGACAUAAGAAGAAGUCAAGCAGGAACUUAUACAUGUACUGUAUCUGAUUCUUCGGAUAUCAAAACGAAGAGGUUUGGGCUGAACGUCUAUUAUGGCCCAGACUCUGUACCAUUCAGCCUAUCAUCUCCCCACCACAUCAAAGAAGGAAACGACCUCACGGUGAGCUGUGCUACUUCUUGUAGUCCAAGCUGCAACUAUGCCUGGACGAUGGGGAGGCAGCAGAAAGCAACAAGUUCUGCGCUGACAAUACCAAACAUAAGUCGAGAUCAGGCAGGAACCUACACAUGUACUAUAACUAACACUGGCACCUCGACGACAAAGAACAAACAGUUUCAGCUGAAUGUUGACUAUGGCCCAGACUCCGUAACUUUCAGCUCGACACCACCAGAGCACAUCAACGAAGGUGACAGUCUUCGAGUGGCGUGUACUGCUGAAUGUAAACCAGGCUGCUCUUAUUCUUGGACAUUUGGGAAUCAGCAGAUUGGAACAGAUCCUGUAAAGCUAAUUCCAAGCAUUGGACGAGAUCAGUCAGGAACUUACACAUGCAUUGUUACCAACACCGCUACCCGGGACAGAAAAAGAAAGAUGUUUUCGCUGGACGUUUAUUACCAGCAGCAAAUCACGUCCCUCACAUUGAACUCACAACCUUCUGGAGUGACAGUCACUGAGCGGACUGUUGUGACUCUGCGGUGCGUGGUGGAUAGUAACCCGGUCUCUGACAUCAAACUCUUCAACGGCUCGUACCCCAUCCACGAGGUAUUCAACUCCAGCACCACCGAGUAUAGUUUGGGGCAAGUCGAGUGUUUAGACACCGGAGAGUAUAGAUGCAAGGGCAGAAAUAGAAUAUGGCAUGCCGUCUCCAGAACUGUGAAGCUCGACGUGACGUGCUCACCGAAGAUAGACCAUCGCGUUCCAUUCCAGGGUACAUUUCACGCAGCAUUAUUGAGUGACGCCACUCUGAGUGUACCCAUUAUAGCAAACCCGCCAGCACAAUGUAGAUGGUUCAGACUACAGGACAAUGGAGACAGACGCUUGCUCGGAACCAGCCGUCCAGAAGUGGUGUCUGCUGCAUCUGGUAUUGGGAAGUUCACGCUGAGGAAUGCUCAACUCGAAGACUUUGGCAGCUACCAGGUGGUUGUGUCCAACGGUGGUAAACCAGGCGAUCUCGUGCUGAACCUGACGCUCACUGCACAAGGCCCUCCAAGUAUUCCAUCUCAGUUCAAGGCGUGGAGCGACGAUCCACACUCGAUGCGUCUGUCGUGGAUGGAGGAAUUUAACGGAGGGGCAGCGCAGCUGUUUCUGGUUCACUACCGGAAACACAAGACCAAGGAGUCGGCGAACCGCACCGGACGCUACACGGAGAAAGGUCUGCACGCCAAACACACGGCGGUGAUACCUCAACUACAACCAACCACUCGCUAUCUCGUCAAGGUGCUGGCGUAUAACGUGUAUGGAUACAAGGACUUUACUGUGGAACUUGGGGUUGUCACCGCUGCCAUGCCAGAUCCAUUAAACUCAGCAGGCGUGGGGGUAGCCAUUGGGUUGGCCAUAGCUGUUGUCUUGGCGCUCAUUUUUGGAGCAAUUUUCCUCGUUUACCGACGUAUUAAAACAGGUAGUGUAAAUCUAUCAAGCUCUCGCAAAUCCAGUAUGUUUCAUAUUGAAGUCGAAAAUGAUGAUCCUCUGGAAAAACAAAGUACCACUGUGGAUGAUUUGGAAACAAUUUCAAAUCUGAGUUCUUCCGCUGGAACAACGCUAGAGCCUGAAAACGAAGGGAUCAGCAAUUCUGACAGCAAAACGCAGCCACAACAAGGUGAGACUUCGGGCAAGCAGUUGUCACGGACAUCAAACCCGUAUGCUGCACUCGGGACCAGAGAGCAAAAUGUGUAUGAAGGUCUUGGAGAUCCGAACAAAAAAGGUGAGACGCAGGACAAGAAACUGCCACAUGAAUCGAACCCGUAUUCUGCACUUGGAGCCAGAGAGGAAAACCUGUAUGAGGGUCUUGGAGACCAGAACAAAACAGACAACCAGCCGUCAGAGACACCAAAGCCGGAUGCAGAACCCGGGACCCCAGAGCAAAACCCUUAUGAUGAUCUUGAAGACCCCAGUAAGAAAGACAACCAGCCGUUAGAGACACCAAAGCCGGAUGCCGCACCCGGGAUCCCAGAGCAAAACCCUUAUGAUGAUCUUGAAGAUACGAAUAUGAAAGGUGAGGCGCUGGAAAACCCGUCACAGAAAUCGAACACUUUUGCUUCCGUUGGCAACAACGAGGAAACUCACUACGAAGAUCAUCAAGUCCAGCUUUAACAAGAAAGAGACUGAAGCACAUUUUCACAGUUUAUGGCUAGAGAUGCUGCCGUCAAAAAUAAAACAACUGAAGAAAAAACAGGGAACAUUGUGUUUGCCAAAUUGUGUUUAGCGACAGUUGCUUUAAGCAUUAAAUUUUAUUUGCAAAUAGUUGUUAACUAUGACAGUAUUGUUUAGCGACCGGUGAAACUUGUAUAGUUAACAAAAUGAUCUCAGAAACUUAAUUAUGAAAAUAACCCACCAAACCAAGCACCGUUAACUCACUGUGGCUAUCUGUAUUAUUUUGUCUGGACGCAUUUUGCACACAUACCACAUUAAAGGGACAUUCCUGAGAUUUCUGCAAUUAAGAUGUUAUUGAAUAAAAGAGACUUUUUAACGAUUGUAAUUACAUAUCAAAUAUAUGUUUCUGCAUAAAAUAUUAGUGGCUGUA